GUCUAUAAAUGUUGAGAGCUAAGUUAGCCUCUUCAACCAUUCAAGCGAAAUUUUCAUUAAAAAAAAAAAAAAAUUUAGUUUCAUCUUCAUAAGUCUACACCAAGAUGAAAACUUUCUUUCUGCUGAUGAUCAUCUUCACCUUCUCAUCAUUGCUUCUGGUUCCAAAUACCAUUACUGCAAGGAAAGACCCAGGAGAAUAUUGGGCAGUUAUCAUGGAGAAUCAACCAAUUCCAAAGGCCAUUCAAGGCCUACUUGGUAAUAUAGCAAAUUCAAGAAAUGGUGGUAAAUUUGCUAAAGAUUUUUCAGCUGAAACAUCAUCAAAUUUCUGGACUUAUCAAGGUAACAAAAAUGUUGAACCGAAUGAGGAGGAAAGGAGCUUCAAUACAAACGGGGAAUAUCUAAUUAGUGAAGAUUUUGUUGUUGAACCAUCAUCAAAUCUGUGGGUUUAUGAUGGGAACCAAAAUGUUGAAGCAAACAAGGAUAUCAAGUUCAGGGAAAACCUUGUUAAAGAUUUUUCUGUUGACAUGUCAUCAAAUUUUUGGGUUUAUCAUGGUGACCAAAAUUUUGAAACCAAGCAAGGAAAUUAAGAAUUUCAAAGAGAAUUUUAAUGGAGACCUCUUAAUUAUAUAAAAGGAGGCCUGAAACUAAACGAUAAGCUAAUGUGUAAUAGUAAGGCUUUAAAUACCAAAUUAGUUUAUGAACCCGUUUACCAAGUGUAAAAAAUGAUAUUAUUGUUAUUCAAUGUGGAAUAGAACUUGAAGAAAAUAACUUGUUUGUUGGUCUUGUUAUUUAUUUAUUUAUUUAUUUAUUU